CCGUGACGGUUGCGUUGUCGUCGACCUCUGGAGACUCACCACUAUGAGCAGCAGGUACCACGACCCGUCCGAGUCGGCGCAGCCGUACCGGGACCCCACUCCCCUCCCCGACAAUGUGCCCAAGGUGCAGGAGCUCGGUGCAACUAGCGCACCGCUCAAGAGCGCGGCUUUCUUCCUCGGGGCGUACUGCAAGGAUUACAGCGAGGACUUCAUGCUCUGCAAGGCGGAGAAUCGUGACCCGGAGCACUGCCUGAAGGAGGGGCGGAGAGUGACGAGAUGCGCUAUCGACCUCAUCACGAAGAUGCGUGAUAGCUGCGCCUCCGAGUUUGAGCAGCACUGGCAAUGCCUAGAGAAGCACAACCAGGAAUACUACCCAUGUCGGAAACCGGAGCGCACUCUGAACCAGUGCAUGUUCGAGAAGUUUGGCCUCGUCAAGACUAUCCCUGGCACGUUGGAGGGAAAGACGCCCAUUCAUGAAGUCCGCAACCCUGUCUUCACCACUAUACAGAAGUAGCCUGCCUGAUCAAAUAAACGCCGGCCUGCUGGACGUGUUGCAUAUACUUCGCGUGCUAUCUUUGCCAUGCGGUGAGGACCGCACAAAAGUCACAACGGUGCCAGAUAGACGGCAAAGUUGAUGCAUCAAGGUACGGGUACAUGGCACGGACAGCAGGGUAACAAGAUCGAUAGCGAAACGAGUCCUUGUGUCAACGAAAUCCUAGGCUGUGGGAUAUAGUAUGCAGGCCGGGAGGACGGCGUCCUGUGCUCGCGGGCCUGCCUCAAGGUUCCGAGUCUUCCUGUGUGAAGCGCAGGAUGAAGUUGACGACAAUAGCGACUGACGGAAGCAUAUGACAUGAGUCCAGUACUAAGGACAGCGGAUAGUAGUUGGCAAAGACUCACCCAGUAGGGCGAUACACAAUAUUGUCUGCAGAUAUAUAUAUUUCAGCAUUGUUUCCGUGCCUGAACCAGUCCAAGCGAUACGUACAGGCCCAAACCUGUCGUCGUACG